GCUCAGCGCCGUUAUUGAUUUCCUCCCAAGCGGGCUCGGGCUGGCGCCCCCGCGUUGCCCCCCGACAGACAAGAACCGUCAACCAGGCGAGGCUACGAGGCUGAAGGCAGCCAGGCCUUGAUGCCUUUUACCCCUGCGAUGCCGGGAGUGUACUGCUUUCGAAACCACCACACCACUGGUCGGUGAACGCUACAAACAGAGCAAUUCAACAAGACAGUAGCGAUCAUAAUUACUAUUACUCUUCAGAAUCUUAUCUAUACCGGGAUCUCAAUGUCUGUCCAAACACCGAGGGUAGAUUUAAAUAGUGGUGCCUAUCCAGCAAGUUGUCCUCUGGCCCCCACUAACCAAUCCAAAUCUUGGACAGCAGUCCGUUGGCUCGUUGAACAAUUAUUUCUGGAGCUGCCACAUUGUAUACGGAGUCGCCAUGGAACUCACAGAACGGCAGACCACAGCCCACGAGAUUCAUCGACUGCAGGAAUCUCUCUGGACAACCGCGUUCUCGGAAUGGCAGUCGGGAGUGCUCCCAACACCGGAAUGCCUGGCGAAAGCUAGACAGUCAUUGCCUGCGUCGCUCCCUGAAGAAGGAACCGGUUUCCAAUCGAUCCAGAAGCAUAUCUUGAACGAUAUUGUCCCUGCGUUCAACGGCGGCAGCAUCAGCCCAAAUUACUACGGUUUUGUCACUGGCGGAGCAACCCCUGCUGCUCUGUUCGCCGACCACGUCGUUUCCACGUAUGAUCAAAAUGUCCAAGUUCAUAUUCCUAGCCAUUCGAUCGUAACGGAUGUUGAGUUCAACGCGCUUGGUCUGCUGGCUGAUCUACUGCGUCUGGAACGCACCAUCUGGCAGAACGGCACAUUUACCACCGGUGGCACUGCGAGCAACAUCUUGGGGCUGGCACUCGGGAGAGAAUUCGUCCUGAAGGCGGCUGCUGAGAGGAAGGGAGUUUCGAUAUCUAGUGUUGGAGAGUCGGGCCUCUUUGAAACCAUCCAGGCCGCAGGCCUGACGGGAGUUCAGGUGCUCACUACUUUGCCUCAUUCGUCCCUGGGCAAGGCAGCAGGUGUGUUGGGAAUCGGACGGGCAAACGUUCGGGCCAUUCCCCGAGACAAGAAUUGUCUACUGUUCGACUACGACCAGCUGGAAAAGGAACUCGCCCAGGCCGACAAGGCCACCAUUGUGGCAGUUUCCUGCGGCGAGGUGAACACAGGCCAGUUUGCCACGCGAGGCUCUGAAGAGUUACGCCGGCUGCGCGCCCUGUGCGACCGGUACGGCGCCUGGAUGCACGUUGACGGCGCCUUCGGCAUCUUUGGGCGAGUGCUAGACGACAGUGCCGAAUUCGCUGCCAUCCGCCAAGGCUGCGAGGGAAUAGAACUGGCCGACUCCAUCGCCGGGGACGGCCAUAAACUUCUGAACGUCCCUUACGACUGCGGAUUCUUCCUGUGCCGGCACCCGGAGAUCGCGAGCAACGUCUUCCAAAACGCGAAUGCGGCGUAUCUGACUUCCAGCAGUGCACAGGACCAUGGUCCAAGCAUUCCUUCACCAUUGAACAUUGGUCUGGAAAACUCGAGGCGGUUCAGAGCUCUACCGGCAUACGCAUCGCUCCUCUCCUACGGCAAACAUGGAUAUAGAAAUAUGUUGCAGCGUCAGAUCCGACUUGCCAGGCUGGUGGCGGGUUGGCUGUUUCACCACCCCGAUUAUGUUGCAUUGCCGGAGGCCCCCUCCGAGGAGGAACUUGUCCAGCAAGUCUAUAUGGUUGUGCUGUUCCGCGCCAAAGACCAAACCUUGAACCGUGACCUCGCUGGAAAGAUCAAUGCAACCUCCAAGAUGUUCGUGUCGGGAACCGUCUGGGACGGCCAGCCAGCGUGCAGAAUCGCCAUUUCCAACUGGAGAGUCGACGAGAAGAGAGACUUUGAGAUUAUCAAGUCUGUUUUGGAGGAUGUUGCUGGAUUGUGAGCAGUGGACUUGUUUUUAUGAACUGGUGGUGGGCCAGACUAAUAUCCCACUCCUAUAAUUUCAUAAGUGGUAUAUGCUAUAUAAUAUA